GCUCGCGCUCGACCUGCGGCGCCGGCCCCGCCGCCUGGGCCCCGGGCCCGGCCCCUUCCGCGCCGCCCGGGCGAUGAGAAGCUGCUUCUGCGUGAGACGGAGCCGGGACCCGCCGCCGCCGCAGCCGCCGCCACCGCCGCCCCAGCGGGGAACAGAGCAAUCCGCCAUGCCUGAAGUCAAAGACCUUUCAGAAGCCUUGCCAGAGACGUCAAUGGAUCCCAUCACGGGAGUGGGGGUGGUGGCUUCUCGGAACCGAGCCCCGACAGGCUACGACGUAGUUGCACAGACAGCAGAUGGUGUGGAUGCUGACCUCUGGAAAGACGGCUUAUUUAAAUCCAAGGUUACCAGAUACCUGUGCUUCACAAGAUCAUUUUCCAAAGAAAAUAGCCAUUUAGGGAACGUGUUGGUGGACAUGAAGCUCAUCGACAUCAAGGACACUCUGCCUGUCGGCUUCAUCCCGAUUCAGGAGACGGUGGACACACAGGAAGUGGCUUUUAGGAAGAAGAGGCUGUGCAUUAAAUUCAUCCCACGGGAUUCAACCGAAGCUGCCAUUUGUGACAUUCGGAUCAUGGGCCGGACCAAGCAGGCCCCUCCUCAGUACACGUUCAUUGGGGAGUUGAACAGCAUGGGGAUCUGGUAUCGAAUGGGCAGAGUACCAAGAAAUCACGACUCAUCUCAACCCACGACGCCUUCCCAGUCAUCAGCUGCUUCCACCCCAGCCCCCAACCUUCCCAGGUGA